GCGGGGCCGUGACGUCACCGCCGGGCGCGCGGGGCGGCCGGGCGCCGCAGUGCGGGCAGGAGGCGGCGGCGGCGGCGGGGUGAGGCGAGGUGAGGCCGGGCCUGUGCGCACCUGUGCGGCCGCGCCAUGGUUCGCUUCGGGCUGACCGUCGUCCGGCAUGGAGAAACAAGAUACAACAAAGACAAGAUCCUGCAAGGUCAAGGAGUGGAUGAGCCACUUUCUGCAACUGGUUUCAGACAAGCAGAUGCUGCUGGUUUAUUUCUCAGUAGUGUGAAGUUUACUCAUGUCUUUUCAAGUGACCUCCUUCGAGCAAAGCAGACUGCUGCCACAAUUCUAGGAAAAAAUAAGUUUUGCAAAGAUUUGGAAAUCAAGUAUGAUGCAAGACUUCGAGAGAGAAAGUAUGGUGUUGCAGAAGGAAGGCCUUUGACCGACCUCAAGGCUAUGGCAAAGGCUGCUGGGGAGCAGUGUCCUUCAUUCACGCCUUCUGGAGGAGAAACACUGGAUGAAGUAAGAGAACGUGCAAGGGAUUUUUUUGAAUUUCUGUGUCAGCUAGCUGUUGAAUUGGAACGGAAAGAACAAGACAUGCAUGGUGCAGCAAGCAGAAGCUCAGGAACACCUGAAGAACAGUUAGUUUUCCCUUGGACGAACCACUGCAGUGAAGCAGAACUGAGCUCUGAUAACAGUGGAGCUUCUAAAAUAUUAGAUGCCAAUAUAUUAGUGGUGAGUCAUGGAGCCUACAUGAGGAACUGGAUUGGUUAUUUUGUUUCAGAUCUCAACUGUACUUUACCAACAAAUUUAACAAAGUCUCAGUUGUCUUCUGUCAGUCCCAAUACAGGAGUUAGUCACUUCAUUAUAAAACUUGAAAAUGGAAAUUUGUUAAAACCUGAAAUCACAUGUGUUUGUCUUAAUCAAGACUCUCACUUAGUGGAUGUGGGAGCUGAAUGUGUAGCCUCAAAAGUGUUUUAAGAGUCUUGGUAGGGGUAAGUGGGUUUAGAUAACUGUUAUACUAAGCUUGGGAAAUGUAUCUGUACUAAUUACUGAGACUGACUGGAGUUAUUGACACUAAACUGCAAAACUGAAGAUGUGCAACUGCUUACCAUCUUAAAAUAACAUGAUUUGCAUGGUCCUAGUGCCCAAUAUAAGUUGGCACUAGAGAAAUAACACGAAUGUUCUUUAUGAACAGAUACAUAAUAAUUCCAGUCACUUGCAUAUCUGCUCCUAGAGCGCAUAUUUUUAAAAAAUUGUUUUCAUUAGCCCAUAAUUAUUUUAGUUAUCUCCAGGUAAAAGAGUCGGGGAGGGGAGAGGAAUGGUACCUCAAAGAUGAGCUAUACUGUAUUCUUGUUUUAUUACAAAAUGCUAUAUUGUAAUAUUAAACAUAUAUGUUGUUUUAAAAUAAAUUUUUGAAUGCAAUAGUUUAACCUAAAAAGGAGCCUUGCCUAGUGGAAAAGAUUUGGUACAGAGUCAGGGGACACGUUCCUGGCUCUGAUACUAAAUAGCUGUGAGACUCUGGGCAAAUCUCUUUUCCAUUUAUAGAAUGGGGAUGAUGAUACACCUACCUCGCAGGAGUGUUUUGUAAGGAAUUGUGAGUGUUGUUGAGACCUCUGUUGAAGAGCACUGUACACAAACAUAAGGUAUUUGUUUUUAACUGUAAGCAGGAUGAGGAACCUGAUGUGCACAUAGUUGAAAUAACAGUCUCUCUUCUGAUAAGUAACCUUAUCAAUAGGGUGAGUUGUACCUGACUAGAAUCCUUUUGUCAAUUGCAGUCAUACACUUGAUGGGUGAAUAUUUUUGCCUACAAUUAGGCAAGUUUGAUUGCUUGAUGAGUGCUUAUAGUUGCGGUUAGUACGGCAUUCUUUCCCCACUGGGGUGUUUGUAGUGUUACUGUGUAAGCUUAUUUGAUUUAUGUUAUUUAUAAUAUCCACAUACUUUUUCUUCAUUUGCAUAUCUUAAGCCUGUUUAAAAAAAACCAACCAAACAAACAAACCAAACAAAAACCAGAAACAAAUUAAAGGCUCCUGAAUAGAACUCCAUUUCGUCUGUAUUUUUUUUUGAGGUAAAAAACCUUUACUAUUACUCUAUGAAGCUUUUCUCAGAUUGUGUAGCUUCCUUUUUUUUCUGAAAAACCCAAGGCUGUUCUUUUACUGUGAAAAAGAGCCUUUUUAGGGCUGAUGGAUCAGUGCUAUCCUGACUCUUUAACAUCACUGAUGUUAAAAUGUUAAGGACCUACUUAAAUUGCUUGCAACAGUACAAAAUUAACUGGUAGUCUAAGUUUUAAUUUUUUUGUAAUUUUUAAAAAUAUCCUAUCCUGUGUACUUAAACUACUUGGCUUCUUUGCCCUGAAGCAGAGACUUGAAUUUUGAGGAGAAAAAAGAGGUUGCUAUUGUUUCCUUGAACAGGUGGGUACCUGUUCUUCACUGUGGCCCUACUGAAAAACAGGCACAAAAUUAUUUAAGCUGAUUCUGGUAACUGUACUUUGCUGCUUCUAUUACUGGACUGUGAUUCAGUAGGAAGGUUCUCAUGAUUCCUCCGUGAACACAGAACGGGGCUCUGCUUCUGUUCUUUUUGCUGUUCAUCCAAUACUAAUACUGCUAAAAUGUAGAUGAUGGUGAAGUGGGAGGUGUUCGGCCCUGUGGUGAUCAGAGGUAGGCUUCUAAGGUUGUUGUAUUGGGUCUGGCUGAGAUGGAGUUAAUUCUCCCCACAGCAGCCCUCAUAGUGCUGUGCUGUGUAUUGGCAGCUAGCAAGGUGUAUUGGUGUGCUGUGUAUUGGUAGCUAGCACCAGUGUUUUGGCUACUGCUGAGCGGUGCCAGCACACAUCAAGGCUGUCUCUCCAACAUUUCUCCCCCCGUCCCUCAGCAGCAGGCUGGGGGUGGGCAAGAUCUUGGGAGGGGACACAGCCAGGACAGCUGACCCAAACUGACCAAAGGGAUAUUCCAUACCAUAUGACAUCUGCUCAGCAAUAAGAAACUGAAAGAUAGGGGGAGGAACAGGGCGGGGGCAUUCAUUUUUUUUUUUUUUUUUUUACAACAUUUGUCUUCUGGAGCAAGGAGUACGUGUACUGAAGCCCUGCUUCCCAGGAAGUGGCCGGACAUCAUCUGCUGAUGGGAAGUAGAGAAUAAUCAUUUGCUUUUUGCUUUGCUUCCACGUGCGGCCUUUUGCUUUAGCUACGUUAAACUGCCUUUAUCUUGACCCACGAGUUUGGGGUUGUUUUUUCCAUCUUAUUUUCUCCCCUCCCUGCCUUGCUGAGGCGGGGAGUGAUAGAGCAGCUUGGUGGACAGCUGGCAUCCAGCCGAGGUUAAACCACCAUAGUGGUGUUCUCCAGAACCUGGAAAUGAACUGAAGGCUUUUUACUUGCAGCGGGGCUUGUUUAUCUGGCAAAUACCCAUGAAACCAUCUGCUGCUGCAUCUGAAAACUAGUCCAUAGAGAGGAAAGCAGCUUACCUGAUGUGUAAAGAUGGAUACUGGUAACUGAUGUCAGCCAAGAGUGGACUUUCAAUGUCUAACGCGUUAUAUAACGUGAAGGGCUGGAUGCCCUUAAGUUGGGUUGGCACAUUUAAAUUGGAGUUUCAUGCUGAACUUCUGCAUUGGUAGGCUAAACUUGGUACUGACUGAUCAGCUGGCUUCCUUGCAUUUCUUUACAGGUACAGAGGAAAGCUGCUUCAUUGUGGCUCCUCUUUCCCCGUACGAGGCAGUUCAUAAAUGUACAGAUACUCAUAAAUACUCUGGGCAAAAUCUUAUGACUAGGGGUUUUCCAGCAAACAUGAAAUCUUCAUAAUAUAGAAUCCUGGGAAGCUUAAGAUUCCUCAAUAACAUAAAAACAAGCUUUGGUCAAAAUGACUCUAUUUCAAGUUUAAUUUUAUAUAAGCAGCCUUUGUUCAAAACAAAGAUAUUCUUAAGCGAAGUGUUUCAGUGUUAUUCAGAAGUAAAAAUUUCUGAAUUCAAAUAGUGACAAUAAAAUAUUUAGAAAAUUAGUUUGGUUUUUUUUUUUUGAGAAAGCCAACCAACUGGAAAAAUCCUUGGCUAGUAAACCAUUAUUGACAUUAUGAAUGAUUACCACCCAAACAGUAAGUUUGUGUUUGUGAAAUUAAAAAGAGUCUGUUCCAAACUGAAAGUACAGAGAUGACAGUGGUAGCUUGAGGAACUGCUCAAGACUUGUGUUUAAAAGUGUCCAUAGAUCUUUUGCACAAAUAAAAUAAUUCAUUCUUAACAUACUAGAGGAAAUAAGUUGUGUACGUAGGAAGGAAAAACGGAAAUGUCGGCUUUUGCACAGACUCCUUGAGCUUCCUCUGAAAUACAUCUUCCUAGAGGGCUCCUGAAUACUAAAUUGAUGAUCACAGCCAAAGAAGGUGGAAAAGUUUUAAUUCUGACUACUAACAAAGUUAAUGGCAGAGGGUGGGAGGGGAGUUCAUUCUUUAUUUGCCUGCCCCCAGUAGUGCCUGUUUAUUUAUUAGGGAGGCUAGUUGCAUAGCAGGAGACUGUCCUGUUCUGUUGGUGCUUUAAAUAGCUUGAACUUUUCUGUAAUUGCCAUGUCCUGAAUUUGGUCGGUCAUUCCAUUAAUAAUACUUCUUGGAGCCAGAAUAACCAAGUUGAAAAUGUGCAUCCUUCAUCAGCUAGAAAAUGAGUGGAGACCUAAUGUUUUCCUCCCUAAGUCAGCAACUUUUGUCAAAUGUUUCGAAACACACUAGCGAUUUCUGUGCUUCCCUUAGUUUAAAAGGCUUCUUUUUCUUUCUUGCCUAUGCUCAAGCAGGUUAAUAAACAUUUUGUUCUUGCUGAUGAGGUAAAUAUCUUAUGGGAACAUCUACUUAUUUAUUAAAUGCUUUGCCACUUCUUGGGUAAUACUCUUCCCAUGGGGAUUUUUUACUCUUCCUCUAGAAUAUGCUUUACCUUCUUUAAUGUGUUUGUAGGUGGCUAAAAUUUAGACCCAUCCUAAGGAACCUGUCUUUAUGAUUGUUUUUUUUAAGUUAUUGUUAAUAAUUUUUUUCAUCUUGUGUUAACCCUUACAUAGGGCAAGCAGAUGGUACAAUAGCAUCUACCUGUGAAAAAUAUCAAAGGGUGAAACCAUUCAAGUCUUCUGAAUGGCUCCUGUGUUAAUGAAGUAACGUUUUCCAAUGAAAAACUGGAGAGCCAGAAUCUCCUAAUUAAGAUUUUGUAAAACACACUAAAUUGGUGCAAACACAUCUGCCAGUGGCUGGGGAAGUAUAAGCAGUCAGGCAUGUUCUGCAGUUGCCCUAUUGUAUCUGCACUUGACAUUGUUGAAGACAGGAUACUGGCCUAGGUGAUCUUACAUCCUGUCCUUUUUCUUUCAGCUUUAUUAUAUCAGAUGUAAGCUUCUCUGUGCAUUGAAAAGUAAAUCAGUAACUUUGGAAGCUUCUGGAGUUAAUUGUAAGCCUUUUUUUCUUUAGAUCUGUAUAUACUACUGGUCUUUUUAAGUCAUUGAAUUGACACCGAAAUGAAAUCUUUCUUCUUGCUCUUUUAAUAAAGUGACUCUUGCACAUUUG